AUGCAGCAGCAUGCACAUGCACCUCACAAUCCACUAUCACGCCAAGGAUUGUUGCCUGCACCACAUCAACAAAGCAUGCAGCAUGAGGCUGUACCAGUUUACUAUCAUGGAUCAAAUGACUAUGAGCAACCACAGGCACCUAAAGGCAGGAAAUUGUGGAACCCCAAGGUCAAGGAGCCAUCAUCAUCGAACAUCAAAUCACAUGUACCUGUCAUGGAUAUCCAAGAUUUUGAGAAUAGCCUUGCAAACAUGAUGGAUCGUAUCGAAGGUACCGUUCUAAAGCCUGUUAGUGAUGCAUCAUCAUCGCGUGAGAAAAGUUGA